AGACAGUUUGUGUUUGGCCAGGUGAGGUUAAGAAGAGGCUUCGACAACUUUUACUUGCAUCGUUGGCUUAGCUGGUCUUCGAAGAAGCGAGAGGGAGAGGGGAGAAGUCACGGCUGUAGGCUAAGUCACGGCUGUAGGCUGCACGAUAGAUACAUGUAUAACUGUCAGUGGUUCUGAAGUCCAAAAAGCUGAGCCAGCCAGCCAGCCAGCCACAUGAUAGCGAUGAAAGUUGUCAUGAUCUUUGCCUGGCUUGCAGCCAUGAGUAGUGGAUACAUUGAGUUCAUACUGGCCAAUUCAAGCGACUGGGCAAUUUGCGCAAUGAGGUCUGCAAGAGGAAGUGCACUGCGUCGCUAUGCUGCUUUGCCCGGUACUGCUAUGCCGUGCGUGCAGUGUGGAGCCAUGGCGUGGGAUUGGAUGGACUACAGCCGCAGAUCUCGCACUCCUACAGCAGCACCACGGGACCGGGAGAGGCCACCAGCACUGGGACUCCAACCCCAGUGCGUAGCUAUAGCACUGAGCAAGAGAGCCAUGCUGAUGAAAUCGUGUUCCGUGCUGCAGCCAACGGCAACGUGGACAGCGCCAGCCAGUCCACAACCAGGGUCACAGCGGCGGCGCCCUGGAAUGCCGCGGCGACCUGGAAUGCCGUGGCGACCGCGGCGACCUUGCCCAGAAUGCACACUGUCGCCUAGCUGGGGGCAUGGCCACAGAACAGGACACCUGAUGCUUAGUUGCUUCCAGCAUGGAACCGGCAAGAGACCGCUGAAAAAGGGUUUUGUCAGAAGUCUCUGCCUCUGGGACAUGGUCACCGGAUUGUGGAGACGAAGACGAAGUCGAAAACAACAAAACAGAUCGCACAGAGGUGGGAAACAGCUGGAGAAGAAAGUGCAGCUGCCAAGCAGUGGAUAUGAGUUGGACUGUUCCAGGGUAUCCGUGGCAGAGUGGUAUAGUAUAUGGUGUCCCAUGCAGUGUGGACCACGCCAACACUGGCCUGCUCCUGCAUCCUUCACACGCCCGCAACGAAGCGGGACCUACACGCAUAAACCGACACCCACAGAACCCACAUCAGUAUCAUCCGAUCGCAAACCACCACACUCCACCAAGCAUCAUCACUCCUGGCGACCACAACCAGGCACAGAGACAGGACAGCCGCCAUGGACUAGUACUAGUAAGGUAUCAGCCGUGCCAACAUCUGCAAGUGACCCAGCUGCUGAGCCAUCUACCAUUCGCCGCACGCCCACUGCAAGCACUGCAGCACCAUCUUCCGGACUAGCAGUAUCCACUGGUCAUGUAGUGCCAAGAACACAGGAACCACCAUCGCCCAAUGCACACAUGUCCGCAUCCAUCAAGGCGGAAACGCUGGUCAAGCGCUUUACCAAAUGUCGUAUCCAAGCAUACUGGAAUCCAGUGGGAGUAUUGAGCAUCGGUUAUGGGCAUCGAAGGGAUGUCGGAACGGGCCAGGUGAUCACACGUGAUACCGCAGAACGCCUCCUAAGAGCUGACCUGAAGCAAGCUGAACAGACUGUGAAGCGGCUGGUGACAUUCCCCCUCAAGCAACACCAGCUUGAUGCUCUGGUGUCCUUCGCGUUUGACAUCGGUCUCUAUAACUUCGAGGCCAGCGCUCUUUUACGGCGUCUCAACUCCGGCAGUCCCGGUGCGGUUCCAGGCGAGAUGAUGAAGUGGCAAAAACGUGUUAGUGGCAGAGGAUCUCGUGUCGUCACCAGCUCGCGCAAGCGUCGAGAACAAGAGCGCCAGUUGUGGAACGGCAAGUGGGUAGCAUCAGAGCAGCAUUCGUAAUGGCUUCCUGACUUGUGCGACGAUGAGCCACCUACCCUGACUUUCUUCAAAAGUGAUUCUAUGCCCCUUGCUUGUGCUGACAUGUUGUAGUCAGCUGACGGCACAUGUCCACUUCAAUAUUUCACACUGGCGUGUAUGCGCACGCACACACACGCACACACACAUAUAUACACACACGCGCGCGCGCGCACCAGACAUUGGCAUAAUCUAGCUGAGAAGUGAGAGUGUCAAACAAAAUACAUGACAUUGUAGAGUCAGUGUUGUGCAUCAUGAUGGUGAUGACGCCAGUACUUCAGUAACAAACUGGGUCUGUUCGGAAUCGAUUUUCCAACACCACUGAAUACUUAUAGAUGUAAUUAUUCCUUUGCUGAAACACUUCUAAACAGUCUCCCCAACGGA